AUGGCGACACACUAUAUUUCGUUGCUUCUCCCCUUCCUAGCUAUUCUCCUAUCUUUCUGCAAUGCCGCAGAGCAACAACCACUCCAAGCCGUAGAUACAACCCCAAAGAAGGUAGCAAUCAUCGGAGCCGGAGCCGCAGGCUCAUUUACAGCAUACGAAUUGCGCAAGCUUGCAAAUGAAGCCAACACCCCUGUGGAGAUCACAGUCUACGAGCGUGAAUCAUAUAUCGGCGGCCGCUCGACAACAGUAAAUGUCUUCGAUGAUCCUACUUACCCAAUUGAACUGGGCGCGUCCAUCUUCGUCCAGGUCAAUUACAACUUGGUCAAUGCUUCCCGCGACCUAGGUCUGUCAGUUCGCAGCGCUGACUAUGCCCGGCCACGAGAGGCCGAUGACAACAUUGGCAUCUGGGACGGGUCCCAAUUUGUGUUUGUGUUGCAAGACACGUACAGCUGGUGGAAUAUUGGCCGGCUUUUCUGGCGGUAUGGACUUGCGCCGCUGCGCACCCAGAACCUGAUGAAGAGGAUUGUUGGUCAGUUCUUGCGGCUGUACGAGGAGCCUUUAUUUCCUUUCCGCUCGCUUUCUGAGGCGGCUGUUGUGGCGGAUUUGUUGAAUGCGACUGCGUCCUCUGGCGAAGAAUUUCUCCACGCCAAUGAUGUUGGGUCUCUUUUUGCGAGGGAGAUCAUCCAGGCCAGUACUCGCGUGAACUAUGGCCAGAAUUUGCAGCUGAUCCAUGGGUUGGAGUCUAUCGUUUGUAUGGCUACUGAUGGGGCCGUCUCGAUUGAAGGCGGGAACUGGCGCAUCUUCGAUGCCGCGUUGAGCGCUUCGCAUGCCCAGGUCAAUGUGAACACUACUGUCACUGGGAUUACACGCAAUGAUGAUGGCACUGUGCAAGUAUCGUCGAAGCUGGACGCCGCCACCGCUUCCACUUCCGAAACGACUUUCGACGAAGUUGUCAUUGCCGGUCCUUUGCAGUACUCUGGCAUUUCGAUAUCGCCUUCAUUGGACCACAACCCGGAUGAAAUCCCAUAUGUGAAUCUGCACGUUACUCUCUUUUCGUCUCCGCACCGCCUCGCACCGCAGUACUUCGGACUCGAUCCCAAUGCCAGGGCACCAGAGACGAUUUUGACGACCCUCCCAGAGGACUUCAUCCCUGAGAAUAAGGCUGAUGUCGGACCCAGCGGUUUCUGGAGUAUCAGCACUCUCCGAACAGUGGAUCAUCCCUCUGUCGACUCCGAGGAACAGCAUUAUGUCUACAAGAUCUUCUCGCCAGAGCGCCCGACCGCUGAGUUUAUUGCUGGUAUCCUAGGUCUGGAAAAGGACUCUACAUCGAGCAAUAUGACGAUUGGAGAUAUUUCCAAGAAUGAUAUCAGCUGGUUCCAUGAGAAACUGUGGAACCCUUAUCCAGUUCUAUACCCGCGAGUCACAUUUGAAGACACGCUUCUGGCUCCAGGUGUAUGGUACACGGGUGGUAUUGAGAGCUUCAUCUCGACAAUGGAGACAAGUGCUCUGAUGGGCCGAAAUGUGGCGACCCUUAUAUUCCAGUCAUGGCAAAAGAAUGUUCGCGUUAACCACGGGGCUUCUACAGAGGGAAAAUCGGAGCUAUAA